AUGGGGAAAGGUGCUGUACACCCAAAUGGAUCAAAUUUCUGCAGAUCGUUAAAAUAUAAUGUUGUGGAUAAAAUGAGGACACUAGUGGAAACUAACCUGUAUGAUAGACCUCGGUGGCUAGAAUGGGCAGAAAGAGCACCUCCCAUGGAAAUACACAAUAUUAGCUUAAAGUCAAGAUACAAUAAUAAUAAAUAUAUUGAUUUAGUGAAAUUUCUUUUAAAAAAGUAUCCACAUCUAAGAUUUCAAGAUUGUUAUGUUGAAGGUAAUAACAAUCAAAAAGGUUAUGACUUUUUCAGGAAUGAUCAUAUAAUUACACAAAUGGCUACACAUCAGUUAUAUUACAUGAAUAGGGGAUAUGGGAAAAAAGACGCCUUAGAAAAAGUAGAAAAGGAAUUCUAUAACAGAAGAAUGGAACUAGAAAAGAGACAAAAAAUAAAUAUGUGUUUGGCUAUUGAUAAUAAAAUUAAACCUCUUUAUACUAAUGGAUACUCCUACUUAUACGAAAAAAUUGCAGACAAUGAGAAGGCCCACUUAAAUAUUAUACUCAAGAAGUUACGAAAUAUGAGAGAAAAAAUGGAAAAGGAAAGAGAGAAAAAAAGCUGA